CAAAUACACACCGCAAACCCAGAAUAAAAGGGUUUUUGCAGUGUCUAUAUCCUGCUCCAAGUAUUAAAUCCUGACUAGCUCCUGAAACCCUCGCCACCGCGCAGUCCAAUCUCACCAUGUCCGACCCACUCCUCUUCGAAGACUCGUUCACCGUCACCGGUGUCAACGCUCAGAAAUACGAUCGCGUCUCUCGUCUGACCUGUACCUCGAGCGAUGCUUCUAUUACCUUCACCCUCGAUGUGAACUCCGAGCUCUACCCGUGCGCCGUUGGCGAGUCGCUCUCCAUGGCGCUGGCCUCGACUCUGUCUCUCGAUGGCAAGGAGGAUACCCGUGCGAGCUGGAGAGAGGUCAGCAUGGGCGAGCAGACUCUUGCCAAUGACUACGAUUACGUUUGCCACGGCAAGGUGUACCGUUUCGAGGAGGGUUCUAUCAAGGAUACCAUGGCUGUCUUUGUGUCAUUCGGUGGUUUGCUGCUCUAUCUGGAGGGUCCCUACAAGAAGCUUGCUCCUCUGAAGAUCGACCAUGUCUACCUGCUUCUUAAGAAAUAGAUGAGUUCAGUUUGUGGACAAAAGUUCGG